AUGGCUUUUUCCGGUGAGCACAAAAAGUUUACCGAAACAAGCAUAAGGUCAUCACUUCGACUUGAUCACGAUGAAAAGCCUCCCAAUAGUGAUGAACCAAGAAGUAUAUUCGAACUUCAAAGGGCGAUUGAAGAUAAAACAAAGGAAAAUAACAGUCUACGGGAAAAGUUACGUCUAAUCCUUCGACAUUCUGAUCGCUUAGAUACUUUACUGCCAUUGAAAUUAGAAUCUAAAGAGAGGGAACUACGGCAUUUCCUGCUCCCUUCAGUACCUCGUUCAAAUGCAUGUGACAUUGAUGCCAACAAGCACCAGACUACUUCAAGUUGUACAAUUGGUUCCAAUGUUCGUCCUGUUCCAUCUUUGGUUAGUGGGUCAACUAAGCCUGUAGAUAGUUUGUUGGGUCCUGCAAAUACAAUGCCUCGUACUACUAAUUCAAAAGGCGGGGCUCUUCUACCUACCCCCUAUCCUAAUCAUUCUCUAACUAGUGUCAAAUCGGUUACCCAUACUCGUGGUUUACUGUUGUCGGGAAUUCAUUCACAGUCAACCAAACUUCCUACAGACAAUGAACCACCCAUUAAAGAUGUUCCAGACUAUGCAGAUGUAUUAAUUGAUUCUUCUGUUAACUUGGUAUUAUCUCGUUUACGCCGUACACAGUUUAAUUUUGAUAAACUUGUUGCAGCUAAUCAGUCUGAGCUGCAAUCGUUUACUUUUACUCAAAACAGUCAAAAUGGCAAGAGAAUGAUGAUGCGUAUUCGUGUUCUUGAACAUGAAAAUGAAGAACUAGCAAAUGUUAAUCGUACUGGCCGAACUGCUCGCAUAGAAUCGGAAAUAUCUUUGCGUCGUGCAUUCGUGAAUGACUUGAAGAAUGCUCAUUCAGAUAUGGAAUAUUUGGUGGAGGAAGCGGAGACUGAAACGGAAAUGCUCGGUAGUUCCCUAGUGAUGCUGCAACAAAGACUACAGUUAACUCAAAGUACUGCUGAAUUCUUGGCUUCUGAACUACAAAAACUUGAACCAGUGGAUUGCGCUGGAAUUAUAAAUUCCUCAAUUGAUGUCAAAGCUAAAAACAUGUUGUUACUUGAGAAAACAAAAUCAGAUGUUAUUAGUUUAUCUUCUGAACAUUUGCAAAGUUCUCAAAACGCUAGUCUAUAUAAUGAAGAGCUCAUUUUGGAUCCAGGCAUCGAAACUGGCCGACAGUCUUUGGAAUCUCCCAAGUCUUAUAGUGAUCCACCAGUUGAUAGUGACAUAAAUUCUCUGGUGACAGAAAAUAAAUUUGACAGCAGGUCACAUAUGUAUGCUCAAACCUUCCCCGAAUCCGAAGUUGGUGUUUCUGAUGAGGAAAAUCUUAGUAAAUCAAAACGUAG